AUGAUAGUCUGGAUGUAACAGACUUGGAUGAAAACACGACAGGAUCCAUUGCAGUUGUCUUCACAACUGCAGUUAUACAGUAAUGAGGAACCGGCGCGAUUUAUCCGCCGCGUGGCGCUGCAAUCGAUCAUACCAAAACUCUCCAUUUCCAAUGCAUUAUCAUGUUAUUUCUGAGCCCGAAAACGAUCGAUUUCGGCGACGUUUGCAUCUUCCUGUUUUAAAUCUAUUGAGCUAUCAGUUUCUUAAGAUAAUUUUGCGGAAAAUAUGCGCGAUGCCAGUUAUUGGGCACGUUUUCUGUUGUUGAAAUCCUGUGCAAAAAUGUACGCAAUGGUUUCCCGUGAUUGACCUCCUGCGACGUCAACAGACCAGAAAAUGACGUCAUGGCGUCAGAAGGUACGAUCGAGUGUGGCGCCGCCACUGGCAUUUAUCUUAACGCCGGUUCCUCAUUGUCCUCACAAUAGCAAUAUAACAUGUCAUCGAUAACUGAUGUAAUCAGAUCACCAUGCUUUUAAAGUUCUGGCAACAUAUGUUUGUUGCUAAAAAUACGUAGUUGAUCGAAUUUCAGUUAUUUCCUUCAAAUUUCCUGACUCGCACAGAAAUUUAUGCACCUUUCAAGUCAAGUUUGACAAAAAACUACUCUCUGUUGUCUGGCUCCCUGUUCUAUUGCACAAUGGAGUUAAUACUCGUCAAGACGAUGGCUACACCAGAUCAUACAAAUUUCCAAAUUUUUAGUUAAAAACUUAGUUCACGCCCUUGGAGGCGGAAGGCGGGAGUCCUCUGGUUGUAUUGUAGUUGUGUCAUCCUAGCUGCAUGCCCGCCCAAUGCUGACCAACCAUUGUCUGCCCGGGUUCGUAUUUCAGAGUUUUCCAUCUCCUGAUCAAAGAUCAAGGCUGAUCAAUGGUGGAAAGAAAUUUCAAAAUGUCGUACUUUUUUGUCUUUAGCAAUGGGGUGUGCCUUUAGCACGCCUCACACCGGUGACAGAAACAUCAUUGGACUCUCCUAUCUGCGGAGCGUUGAAAAAUUAACCGAUACACGCCGACAGUUCUCGAAUGGUCACACAACCAGCUAUGAGGUCAGCCGAAGUGAGGUAACCAUGAGUCCCAACUUGAACAACAGGAGUCGCCACAACCAACAGAGGAAAAAUGACAACUUCACGUGGACUUGCAAAAGCACGCGGAGCAAAUAUGUGGUGCAGAAAAGAAGAUCGUGUGAUCAUGUGAUGUUUCCAAAAGUCGACGGAUUCCCCGAUGUGACGAGUUUGACGAAUUGCGAGUCAUGUGAAAAGCAGAUCGCAGAUGACAUUGGUGCUGAUGGGAAGUAUCCUGGAAAGAAUUUGUUAUCUGCUAUUGAAAAUCGUGAUCACCAUGAGUGUGAACGAUGUACGAUUCUCAAGGGACUCCAAAACAAAAUGGCGGAUACUUUGUCGGCAACGUCUCUGAUGUUGGCGAAUAUGUUAGCAUUGAAUGCCUUAGAUUUCUCGUUACCAGCCAGUGAUGCCCUGCUGAAGAUUCGAAAUAACUCAUGGAUCCAGUUAGCUGGCCACCAAGGUUUGUUUGCGCCUGCCGGUCCGAUUACUAUCUGGAAGAAAUGCAUAGGAAAUAAUCCAAGCGAGGCAAAUGCAUACAAAGGGUUAAUGGCUGACCCGUGCCGUGAUAUUGUGCCAAAGUUUUAUCGACAAGUGGAAUAUAAUGGAGACUUUUUUAUUGAAAUCGACAACCUGAUGUCACACUUCCAGCAGCCGUCGAUGAUGGACGUCAAAAUGGGAUAUCGUACUUUCCAAGAAGCGGAAGUUAAGAAUGCCGCGUUCCGGAAAGAUCUGUACGAACGUAUGAUCAAGUUGGACCCGCUGUCGGUGACGGAAAAUGAACAAAAAGUGAAGGCAGUGACAAAGUUACGUUACAUGCAGUUUCGAGAAAAAGAGAGUUCGACAUCUGAGCUUGGUUUUCGUCUUGAGGCAAUUAAGCUAUCUGGUGAACAGCUGAUGAAAUCUUGUCUUCGGAAAGUUAAGGAGCACGACCAGGUCCUCUCCUAUCUAGAGACAUUCUUAAAUUGCAAUAAAGAAGUUCACAGGAAAAUUUUGUCGCGAUUACGAUAUAUUCGAGAAUCGAUUGCGUCAUCUGACUUCUUUAAAAAUCAUGAGGUUAUAGGCAGCUCAUUAUUGUUCCUGUAUGACGACUCGGGCGCCGCUGGGGUGUGGUUGAUUGACUUUGCCAAGACGAUCACGGUCGAGAACCGGCUCCUGGACCACACAUCAAAAUGGGAGAUGGGGAACCAUGAGGAUGGAUGUCUCACUGGUUUGGACAACCUGAUAAAGAUGUUCCAGUCAAUUCAAUAGACACGAGAAUCAUGAUCUGGAGCCAAAAAUCAAAAUUGACCUAUUCAGUAUUGGAUUUAUACUGAAAACCGGAAUUGCCUUUAUUUUUACGAUUUUUGCAAAAAUAUAUUGCGGGAACCUCUUUUCUCUUUUUUAAAUCACCCUGUAUACUAUAUAGAAGCAGUGAAAGAAAGGUUUUCUAUGCUUGUAUUACAUUGUGAUAAAUUGUUUAAUUUCUGCACAAAUUGUGUGUGAACUGCUACUUGGUAAAUACUGCUGGGUCACACUAAAAUCAUAUCAUGUGUACUUGUUGAAAAUGAAGGGCUAAGAGCACGAAUGUCAAAAGUGCUAUUUUGAAAAAAGACUCUAUAUGGGGUGGGGGAGAAAUGACCCUUUUUCAAAGUUUUCAGCCAAAAUCAUGGUUGAAAACAAAUUAAUUGUUGACCUUUGCCAGGCUUUGGGGGGGAGGGGCAUGUGCCCCCUGCUGCCUACGUCCCUGUAUUUGUGCAUGGUUCCUAUGAUAACAGCAUUACUGUUUAUUUGUACUCCUCUGCAACUCAUUUUAAUGUUUUCUUCAAAAUUGCACUUUGGUCCCUUGUGCUCUAAUGCUGUAAGCCCCUAAAGGGUCUUCAGAGAAUGGUUAAAAUAUGCAUAUUGUGUUUUUUUGGCAACUGGAAAUAUCUCCUUUCCAUUAAGGGUGCUCAUAGGGGCAUCCAUUUUGUAGCUUUGCAGCCGUGGUUGGGGGGGGGGGUCUUUUGGGCCUAUGUAUCUGUACAUUUUGGGCCUAUCUGUACAUUGUGACAUUUUGAGGUGAGAGGGAUCUGAAAAUCUAGACUCUUAUGCGCAGGUACCCUAAAGUGGAUCGCCCCCUAGACUUACACAGGCCAGUUAGAAAUAUAUAAAUAUAUGUUAACCCUGAGAAAAUAUGUUAUAUUUGGCAGCUAGUAGUAUGGUAUUAGUGGUACACUUAUUGCCCCUACAGGGUUUAAAGAAGCUUUAGUGCACACAGUGCAGCUAAUCUGUAAUUUUACCAUGGCUAUAAUUGUACAACCUUAUACCCUAUAUGUUAAUUUUUUGGAUAUUUUAGUAUAGCGUUCUUGGAUAGGUGCCGUAGAGAUUAGUUUUAUCGUAAAACUCAAAAAUUAUGUUAUUAUGGGAUGUGAUAAAACAAAGGUGGUACUUUUUAUCCUAAAUAUCUCCCAAAAUAUGUAUUCAAUUCUACCAAAUUUCUACCAACAAAGUCAAGAAUCAUUUAUAACAUUUUUCCUGGCCUACUGGUUUAGUGUUGAAACGGUUUGUAAUAAGUGGGUGGACUGGAUGUGGUAAGGAAAUGGGACAAUAAUAAACUUGAUAAUCGGGAUGAAAUACAUAUAGAUGUAUCAGUCAUAUUUACACCUUUGAGAUGAUGAAAAUACUCUGUUAUUUGUUGCCGUGGCAACUAGUCGGUAUUAAAUUGCACGCAUUGUGGGGAAGGUGUAAAUGCUGGUCGCAGAAGUAAAGCGCUACAAAAAAUACGAUCUAAUUGAAAUUACAUGUACUGUUACUGUUUCUCAAAAAGUUAAGUUUAAAGUAUGUCAUAGAUGCAAUUUGGCAAAACCCCGAACUAUAGCCGCGAAUAUUUAUGUUUUUAUGUUUAUGAAUAUUUUUUAUUAUAUGUAUUGUGCACAGUGCUAGUGAAUAUUUUUUAUUCAAUGUAAUGUGCACAGUGCUUGUGAAUAUUUUUUAUUCAAUGUAAUGUGCACAAUGCUUGUCAAUACUACUUUCUCUCGUAAUCAUUCUUGAUACAUGCAAAAAUUUGAAAUUCCAAUUAAUUAUUAAUGUGUUAUUGAUCAUUAUGUAAGCCUACAUGAAGAAAGCAAGAUAGUAAUAAAUCAAUUAUGAAAUUCUUUUUCAAAAUGACUUUCAGGGAACAUAGCAAUGUCUUCACUUUGAAAUUAUCAUUCCAUACCAUAGCGAGCAUUUAGUUUAUGAAAUACUUUUUCAGAUGUCCAUAGUUAUAUAAAGAACUGACAAUGUAUUUUUCAAUGCAUUUUAGCUCUCUUGGAGCUUACAUUGUACAUGUAUAUUCUGAAUAAAAAUUAUGACUCAUUUUAUUAUA